AUGUCCCAACCCCAAACCCCCCUCUCCAUAGCCCAACAACUGCACACUUCCCUCUCCCAAACCCAGACCCCCCUCCCGACCCUCACUUGGCUGCAAACUCUCGCCUCGUCCCGCAACCCGCCCCCUUCCCUCUCCUCCCUCCUCGCGACCGCUCGCAUGCGCCUCCUCAACUCAGACCUCACAACCCCCAACUUGCUCGACGCCCGCUGGAAGGCGCAGCACUCUCUCCCCGCCAACCUCGCACAGGGGUAUAUAGACAAGAGAGAGGGGAGGUUAGGCAGGGAAGUCGUCGUGCAAGUGGUUGAUAUUGAAGAUGUGUCGAGGCCGAGGUGGGAGCAAGUGGAGGAAUUGGAGGCCGAGGCGAGGGGGGAAUAUACUAAGGGGAGGGAGGUGGUUCGGUUGCCUUUGACGCCGCCGGGGACUGAAGAAGACGAUGUCGACACUGGGGUAGCAGAAGAUGACGAGUUUGAGUCGCAAGGGCCGCCUUCUAGGGGGGCGGUCGCCACCAACGGGACGACCGGCACUGCACAACAGAAAAGUCAAAAAAGUGACAAGAACUCUACGCAUAAGCUCGUCCUGCAAGACUGCUCCGGGCAAAAGGUGUACGCCCUUGAGCUGAAGCGUGUGCCGCAACUGGGUGUGGGCAGGACGCCGAUAGGGGAGAAGAUUUUGUUGAAAGCGACGACGCUGGUCGCGAGGGGCGUUGUGCUGCUUGAGCCGGCCAACGUGGUGAUAUUGGGGGGAAAGGUGGAUGCGUGGCAUCGGGCGUGGUGCGAGACAAGGGUGAGGAGGUUGAGGGAGGCUGUAGGGGCGCCGCCGGGGGAUGAACGAGGGCGGAGGGGUUAUCGAGAUCUCUAG